AUGGAGCUCGUGCUAGCAUCGGUUGUCAGUUUGGGCGCGUGUCUUGCGACGUUCUGUCUGGGUGUGUACAUUUUCGUAGUGCGCAGGUAUUCCUUCUGGCGCGACCGUCAUGUACCGUACGUGGAACCGGAGUUACCGUACGGGAACUUCAAAGAGAUGGGCAAAUCGAUCCAUCCGGCCCAUCUAAGUCAGCAGUUCUACGAACAGUACAAAAGUGUCGAUGGUCCCGGUUUCGUUGGGUUGUACAUUUUCGUGAAUCCGGUGCUGCUCGUCACCAAUCUACGGUUGGCGAAGCGCAUUCUGAUCGAAGACUUCCAUCACUUUCCUGACCGGGGUGUGUACUUCAACGAGAAGGAUGAUCCGCUCUCGGCUCAUCUGUUUGCGAUCGAGGGUCAACGGUGGAAGGAUUUGCGGGCGAAGAUCACCCCCACGUUCACGAGUGGUCGCAUGAAGGCAGCAUUCCCGCUGGUGCUCGGUAUAGCUGAGCAGUUCUGUGACUUCCUACGGGAACGGUACACCUCCGGCGACGUGGUGGAGGUGCGCGAUCUUAUGGCACGCUUCACAACGGACGUGAUCGGUUCGUACGCGUUUGGUUUGGAGUGUAACAGCUUCCGGGAUCCUCAGAACGAGUUCCGCCGGAUUGGUCGCAAGCACUUCGACACACCACGCAAUCACCCGCUCAAGGUGUUCAUCAUGAAGACGUUCCGUGGCUUGGCGAACCGACUCGGGCUGAAGUUGCUGCAUGACGAUGUGGCCAGCUUCUUUCAAAGUGUCAUCCGGCAGACGAUCGAACAUCGCGAACGGCACGGUGCACAGAGAAGCGAUUUUCUGGACCUGCUGAUAAGACUAAAGAACACGGGAUCGCUGGAAGGCUCCAACGAGAUAGUGGGCCGGCUUUCGACGAACGAAAUUGCCGCUCAAGCGUUCAUCUUUUUUACGGCCGGUUUCGAGACGUCGUCCAGUGCGAUGACCUACACGCUGUACGAGCUGGCACUGAACCAAGACCUGCAGCAGAGGGCCAGGGACUGUGUCAUGGAAGCGCUGAAAAAACACGAUGGAGUCCUGUCCUACGAAUCUUCGAAGAAUAUGCUAUACUUAGAUCAAUGCAUUUAUGAAACUCUUCGCAAGUACCCACCCGUGGCGAUAUUGGAGCGAACGGUUGCCAAACCUUACAGGCUCUCAGACACCAACAUCGUUCUGCAUCCGGGAAUGAAGAUCAUGAUUCCGGCCUACGCCAUCCACCACGAUCCGGAACACUAUCCCGAUCCGGCCGCGUACGAUCCGGACCGGUUCACUCCCGAUCGGAUGGCCAGACGUGAUCCGUGUGCAUAUCUACCGUUCGGUGAAGGUCCGCGCAUAUGUAUCGGGUUGCGGUUCGGUAUGAUGCAGGCACGUAUCGGGUUGGCGCUACUGUUGAAGCAUUUCCAAGUGUUACCCUGUAGGGAGACGGACGUGCCCUUGACCUACUCUCCCCAUGCAUUCGUACUGACGCCCGUCAAUGGCGUGCGGUUGCGGUUGGCUAAAUAUGAUCUACACGAGUCGCCGCAAAAGAGUUACCCGCGUACGGAAUUUUAGUUCUGUAGAAGUCCUGUUUGAAUCUGCACGUGAAGGAAUGGAAUGAGAAUGUUGUUAGGACUCGUUUAUUUUGAAAAUGUUUCGAAUAAGACUGAAGCCAGUUGUA